CUGAUAAUUAUUAGCAGGAGUAUUUCUGAGAUUCUAAUUGGGAAUGUGACAGUAACCCAACAUGCAUGCACAAAAGUAUAAAAAGCUCAUCUACCCAUUUGCUGUUUUCCACAUCCCAGCCCCUCAAUAAUUUGAAACUAUGAAGUGGGUCACAUUAAUUUCUUGUCUUUUUUUGAUAAGCUCGGCUGAGUCUAAACAGCUGCCCAGAAGGUACCGGGAUGUAGGUAUGUUGGGGGGGUUUGUGAUAUGUUUGUUUUUUAAACUUAUUAAUUUUGUGCUUAUGUAUAAUAUAUGCAUAGUUUUAUAUCUAUCUAUCUUUCUAGCUAGCUAGCUAUUUGGAAUGGUCAGAUUAUUGCUGGCUUCAUUAUACUAUUUUAAACAAAGACUAGGGGCUCAGUCCAUUGUGAGGUUUUCCUGUGCAAAACUCAUUUUUUUUUAUUUUUUUUAUUAUAUCCUUUUGAUUUUAACAUUUAUCAGUUUAAAAGUAUCAUUGAUUCUUUAUAAAGUGCACAAUAAAUAUGGUGUUUAAUAAUACAUAAUAAAGUCAUUAAGGCUAAAAGGCCUUUAAGGGUGUCUCCACCUGGUACCUUUAUAAUCCUUUUUAGCUCCCUGUCUGUAAAGCAGCAGAGAGUUCCCAGUCAGUUCCUCUCCAAACUAAGAGUUAGUAACUUUGGACAUGGCAAAGAGGAAGCAUUCUGGGGGCACGUUGGAAUAUUUGCAAUCUUUUGUGGAUAUGUUGGCUGUUAUCAUAUGAAUUGAUAUCCAUAUGUAUAGGACUGUUACGUAAGAAACACUUCUGUAUAUAUAAUAAGGAUAUGCAGCAGCCUCAUGAUUAAGUUUGUAUAUGGAUAUUUCACUCCAGGAAGUCAUCCACCUUCUUCUGAAAUUUGCCUCUGGAGUCAGAUCUGAUCUGCUUUCUGAAAACUGAAGCACAUUUUUCUCCAUUCACUAUUAUGGGGAUUCAAAACAAAUAUAAAAUACCUUCUCCCUCUGACCACCCUCUUCCAUGCCAUAGUGUGGUAUUGACCUUAUACAGCGGAACCUCGGUUUUCAAACGUAAUCUGUUCCAGAAGACCAUUUGACUUACGAAACGUUUGAAAACCAAGGAUCAAUGGGCAGUCGGCAAAAUCCAUUGAAAAAAUUGAGAAACGCACCUCAAAAGCCGUUUGACUUCCGAGGUACGUUUGGAAACUGAAACAAUUACUUCUGGGUUUUCAGCAUUUGGCUUCUGAAUCGUUUGGCUUCCGAGAUGCUCGAAAACUGAGGUACCACUGUAUGGUAAACUGCCAAUGGUGUGAGAUGUCUCAAUUGAAAAUUUGAUUUUUGUAUUCUUUACAGGACACCAUGACACCUUCAGACAUUUCAUUAAAAUAGCAGAGGGUCAGUUUCCAGGCAUGUAAGUCUUUUCAGAUGGUUUUCCUUGAUAUGACCUCCAGUCUUCACAUGCAAAAACAAAAAGGAGUAAUAAAUACAAAGGCUAUUAAAGGAUUAAUACAGACAUCCCCCCCCCACUUACAUGGGUGUCACAUUCCCGGACUCGACACGUAUAUGUGGAAUUGUGUAAAAUCAGGAGGGUGUUGUUGGGGGAGACGGUGGCGUAGCAUGGGCGGUUGUAGGGGCUGUGGUCCUGGGCACAGUCACAGCGGGCUCCCUCCAUGCCCCUCCCCUCCACCCCCACCCCCUGCAUGCCCACCCAGAUGGCACUAGCAUACGGUUCGUCGCUGAUUAAAAGUACAUUCUCAACAAUGGUCUGUUCAUGUUUGUUUUAAUUCCCAUUUGUUUUUAACUUGUUUUUAUCUUUUUUUACUUUAUUGUUUGGUUUUGUGUGUGUGUGUGUGUGUGUGUGUGUGUGUGUAUACAUAUAUAUUUCAAUUACAGUCCAAUCAUUGCCUCAUUAUAACAAUACCAAAUUAUUUUACAAUUACUAAUACCAAUCAUUCAAAUACUGAAUUAUAUAAUUUAGGUGGCCCCCCACAUGCUAGAUUUGAUGGUUUGAUUAUUUCUUUAUUUCUGUGUUCCAAAAUCUUAUUAAUUUCAAUUACAUUCCGGUUGAAAUAAUAAUCCCUUAUACAAGAACUGCAAUAUUAAUAACUUCUAUUCGUGUUGACACAUUAAAUGAACUACAAGUGAGGCACUCAAAUUAUAUUCUUGUUCUUCCUGUGUGUGGCAAUUAUUUUGUCCGUGGUGUUUCUUCCUGACCUUGUAAAACGAUAUGUCUAUCUUUUCCUGGAUAUUGCUGUUCUCCAUCAUGCCUUGGGCAGAGCUAAUAUCCCAUUGUUGUUUCAGAAAUUUCUCCAUUGCUCCAUCCUGUGCUUUGUUGUUUUGCAACUUUAACAACAGCUGCAAAAAUCACUCUGGCCCAAUAAAUAACCUGUUUUCACCAUUUUCACCCUCUCAGCCUGGGAAGAAGAGCAGUCUGUCAAACUGCAGAUGACUCAGUAAUGAACCUUGGCAAGCUCGCAGAUUUCUUUCAUCCUUUCGUUCAACUGAAGAUAAAUAAGCAUUUAUACUUCCAAUUAAAUUAAAUUCCAGGUCCUUUUAGCAUUGUUCAGUUCACACCACAGAUAAUAAAGGAUGGUGAAGACUCAGCUCUAAGUUUCCACCGUAACCCUUCUGCAAAAUAGAGCUUCCCUCCCUUUUUCCUUUUUUUACACACACACAGUUCUCUUUAAUGUUAUAGUCCAUAUCUAUAAUCCAGUUUCAUCCCUCCUCACUUGCACAUAUAUAAAUUGAACUAAUAUUCAAGAGAGGGUUGCCGAAUCAUAAAUGUAGAGAAACAACUUUAUUUCAAGAAAUUGUAGGCUCCCCUCCCCCCACACCGUCUUUUGCACUGAAUGAAGUCUUCUCUCAAGUUCAAACCUCAAUGACUUUGCAGCUGGUUCUGUUCCAAAUUUUAUGAUCUCAUGUCUUCCAGCACGUUCCUGUACUUUAGUUCAAAUUAAGCCUCUGCUUCUUAAUGGUGGAGUAGGAUAGUUAUCAGCAGGCAAAGUGCUUUUGCACUCAGUGCCUCCCUGCCUCCCACAUUCCAUGCCGGAGCGAGAGCCAAGUAUUGAGAUGAACUGCGAGUGAAGCCAAUUCCCCCCUGUCCCUGAGGGGAACUGGGAAGAUUAUCCUCAAUCAUCCUUGUUUUUCCUUCACCAACAAUCUCCUAAUUUCAUGGGAGCUGCCUCCAUUAAGGCAGACCGGAACUGGAGGCUGGUUUUAUAUUUUUAUAUUGUAAACUGCUGUGAUAUAUAUUUUUAUGAUACAGCGGUAAAUAAAUAUUCCUAUCUAUAAAUAAAUAAAUAAAUGUGUUUUCCCAGCAUCAUCGGCUUGUUGUCUCAGAAUCUGCAGAGAGCUUCAUACGAUGAGGUGGCUAAACUGAAUGACAAUCUUGUACAGCUCGCCAAGAAAUGUUCUAGUGAUGAUCAAGCAACCCCAGAUUGUGAAAAGCCUUUGGUAAGCCUUGGGACCUAAAUUUGAAGGUUAUGAUUUGAAAUAUUGGUAAAUUGCAUAGUCUGGAGCCCUGGACCAUCAUGGAUGCUCUUCUGAUUGAUUAUGAAAUUAAAUGACCAAACCAGGAACUUUAGACAGAAAACAUUCCACUUAUAAAGAAACUAGUUUAUGUAGAGAUGUAUGCAACAGUCAUAAAUAGGGGACAUACCUGGUUUAAAAGCACAGAGCUAGGCAUAUUGGAUCAGACAAAAGUCUGCCUAGUAUGCCCGGUUGUCAUAAGGUGCUUGUUCUUAACAAUGUGCACUUGGCAAGGCAUAUUGGUAGCAAAUGUGCACAUUGAUGGUAAUAUGGCCCACUGCUGAGCUAAGCUCUCUCCUGACAACCUGCCACACUUAAUUACAAAAUUUUUGAUGCAGGGCAGUGCCUUGGACUACUGCAAUGCACUCUACGUGGGGCUACCUUUGAAGGUGACUCGGAAACUACAACUAAUCCAGAAUGCGGCAGCUAGACUGGUGACUGGGAGCGGCCGCCGAGACCAUAUAACACCGGUCUUGAAAGACCUACAUUGGCUCCCAGUACGUUUCCGAGCACAAUUCAAAGUGUUGGUGCUGACCUUUAAAGCCCUAAACGGCCUCGGUCCAGUAUACCUGAAGGAGCGUCUCCACCCCCAUCGUUAUGCCCGGACGCUGAGGUCCAGCGCUGAGGGCCUUCUGGCGGUUCCCUCAUUGCGAGAAGCAGAGCUACAGGGAACCAGGCAGAGGGCCUUCUCGGUAGUGCCCCCCCCCAUGGAACGCCCUUCCAGCAGAUGUCAAAGCGAUAAACAACUACCUGACAUUCAGAAGACAUCUUAAGGCAGCCCUGUUCAGGGAAGUUUUUAACGUGUGAUAUUUUACUGUAUUUUUGGUUUCUAUGGAAGCCGCCCAGAGUGGCUGGGGAGGCCCAGCCAGAUGGGCGGGGUAUAAAUAAUAAAUUAUUAUUAUUAUUAUUAUUAUUAUUAUUAUUAUGUAGCUGUAGCUGUGGAGAAAUAGUAAUUAAUUCCCCAUUGGUUCUCUCUCCUGCCUGGGAUAAAGAGGACUCACCUUUAAUGACAACUUGAUUUGCAGGACACACCACAGUGUGGAUGCAGGUCCCUAACUGAACAAAUCAACAAAUGUACACUCUUUUACCCAGAGGUGUUCACACAUGUGUAACAUGCGUAUCUGUGUAGAGAAAUAGUUGAGCUAGUACAGUUUAUCACAUGUAAUUUUCAAUGACUGCCUUUUCUAACUAUGAACAUAGUAGUUGAUUUACACACUCUUUCCCACACUUAUACAUGUGCAGAGGAACUUGUACCCGGGUUCAAUGUAAUAUGUGAACAAACAUGUGAAACAAGUUGUAUUAGGUACUAUGCAUGAAAUGUUGUAUUAUGGUGGUUUAUAAACUAAACUUGACUUUUCCAUAAAACUAUCUGGAAAUUGUCCUUCUUUAAAUCUCUUAUAAAAUGUAAACUUGAUCAUAUAAACAGCUGCCUAGAUGCACUUAACAAUGGCUUACAAUUUAAGACAACUAUACAGAUGUCCCCUAAAACAUGUUAUAUUUGAUAUAACUGCAACAAGUAAACAGGCGAGUGUAUGUCUAAUAAAUGAAAACAUUUUGCAUCUCUCCUUCAGCGUACUGUUUUUCUGGAUGAAAUUUGUCAUGAAGAAGGUCUUGCAGAGAAAUAUGUAUUUACUGAGUGUUGUGGCAAAGUUGAUCCCGAACGAAAUGACUGCUUUCUAACUCAUAAAAAUGAAACUUCUGGAUUCAUUCCUCCUUUUGUAAUGCCAGAUGGAGAGAACGUAUGCAAAGUAUACCAAGAUACAAGAGCUGAAUUUCUGGCCAAGUAAGUCAAUUGAGUUGAUGUAGUCAUUUUGCUGAACUGGUUCUCCUUUGGGGGAAGAAUGAAAAUAAUGUGUAACAUAUGACUUUCUCCUACAAAUCAGACACUUGCAAAUACUCUCACCUAUUUCAUGCAAGAUGUUAAAAAUUAGGUUGGAGCUGCAAUAAAAUACUUCAGGGUUCAAUCCAGCCCCCCAUGUCCUCUACCAGGAUUUGUUGAUCCACUCAUUUCUUCCCCCACCUCCAACACCCAACAUUAUGUUACUGCUGAGCAUACUCAGUCCUCAUUGGGCUGUUUUCUGUGUUUGAGUAGGAAGGCAUUGCUUGCAUGGUUUUUUUGGGGAGGUGGAGGGUGGGGACGGAGUUCCUUCUUUUUGGACCUGUGUAAGCCAUGGGGUCCUACCAAUCAUGUUGGUGCCUCUCUCUUCCUUCUCACUGGCCCCAUUUUGAGACCAUAGCUAUCUGGACACAGUGUUUGGGUUUGCAAUUAGAGGAAAUGACAUGUAAUGCUACCUAUAUAUACUGUAUGCUGUCAAAUUUCUUACCUUGAGGCCAAUGGUUAAGUGGCCUAACUGAGUGCCUGAGUAUCCUAUGUGGCAACUGGAAUCUUUUUGCCUUGUCGUUCUUUUCAGUAACAUAGGUUUAAUAAUUGUCCUCCCUCUCCUUAACAACAGCUUUAAUUAUAAAAGAUCUUGGCACCUCAACUUUUUUUCCUUUUCUUAGAGUAAUUGCAGUACAGAUUAAUGAAAGUUUCCUUUUUGACCCAGUUACUACUAUGAGCUUUCCAGAAGACAUCCUUUUGCAAAUGUUGCCGUACUCUAUAAGACAGUUAAAGAGUUUGAAAAGGUACUGCAAACUUGCUGUCUGGAAACUGACAAGGAUGCCUGCUUCAGAGAAAAGGUAUUUCCUUUUAGCCCACAUAACACCUCAAUAUUUUAUUUAAAGACACUUACAUAAUGUAUUUCAUACCCUCUAACAUUUCUCCGAUGAAAAUAGAGACAUCCUAUUCAAUACUACUACUACUAAUAAUAAUCAUAAUGACACUUUUAUUUUUUAUACCCUGCUUAUCUGACUGGGGUGCCCCAGUUACUCUGGGUGGCUUCCAACACAUAUAAAAACAGAAUAAAACUAUACAGUGCGGCCUUCAGAUGUUUUCUAAAGGUUGUAUCGUUACUCAUCUCAUUGGCUCAGGGGUCGUAUAACUCCAUGCCCUCCAACAUCUCUGAUGAAAAUAGGGAUGCCCUAUCAAACCCUCAAACAUUUCUUUGAUGAAAAUAGGGAUGUGGAACAUUCUGGGAUCAGAUCAGAAAUCAGAAUGGCUUCUGUAAAUCCAGGACUGUCCCUGGAAAAUAGGGACACUUGGUGGGUCUGGUAUUUCUGCUAGAUUGAUAGGGAGCUGUUUUACAUCUUCUCAGAGCAGUGGUCCAGGGUGGGAACCUUCAGUCCCUGAAGGUGACUGUGACCCUCCAAGCUUCUCCGUCUUGCCCUCAGGAUUCUCCCCAUGGUACAAACACUCCCCAACCACCACCACCCUACUGGCCCUGUUUCACACUGGCUGAAAUGUGUCCUUGAAUUCCGAUAAUGCCUCUUGCUUGCCAAGAUGGAGAAUACAAAGCACACACGCACGCACGCACACACAGAGAGAGAGGAAGUAGCCUACUGUACACAGGAAAAACUCACAUUCAUUGUUCCACCCACAUUGGCCUCUAGACCCACCCACAAUUGGCAUACAGGGACCCAAUAGUUGCCCAGAAGGGAAGGUGGCCCUUGCCUAAAAACAUUUACCCACUCCUGAUCAAACCAAAUACUACCUACUUUGACAGUUACUUUUCCAGGUUUCAAUUAGGAGUCUUUCCCUUCCUCUGUUCUAUUUAUCUAGAAAUGGCAAACAAUGAGCCUGGAAAUACAGUAUAAGGCAGGUGCUUUCUCACUGAAGUGCAAUUCCUCCCACAAUUCUUUCUGAGACUUUACUGGAUAUGUUUAUCAGAGCAGAAGUCAGAAUUCUGAAAGCUUGGAUUCAUCAGGAGAUAUAGAUCAAGGAGAAUGAAUUCAGUUCAAUUAGCUGUAGAUUUGGUUGCCCGGUAUUGGUUAGGCCACUAUCAGAAACCCUUUGUUUUGCUUUUUCUCCAAGUUGCUCCUUGCAAUGAAUUAAUUUUCAUUGCUUUGUAUAUGUUGUUUUCUCUGACAGUUGCCGGCUGUGAGAGAGCAAAAGAAUUAUGCCAUCGGAUUGCAGAAACACACCUGUUCCAUCCUGAAAGAGUUUGGGAAAAGAUCCCUGAGGUUUCAGUGAGUCUGGGUGCUUUCUCUUUUGGGGGGAUGGUGGUGUGACAUUAGCUACAGUGGUGCCCCGCAAGACGAAUGCCUCGCAAGACAAAAAACUCGCUAAACGAAAGGGUUUUGCAUUUUUUGAACUGCUUCGCAAGACGAAUUUCCCUAUGGGCUUGCUUCGCAAGACAAAAACGUCUUGCAAGUUUGUUUCCUUUUUCUUAAAACCGUUACAGUAAUACAGGGUGCAUUGCUUGAAGAGGUGCAGUUGCGACUUGACUUCGAGGAGCAACUCAUAGCACGCGGUGUGGUAGCCUUUUUUGAGGUUUUUGAAGACUUUGGUGAUUUUUGAAGCUUUUCCAAAACUUCUUUUGCAGCCAUUUGGUAAGUUAAACUUUUAAAACUUUUUUGGGGGUUUUUGGAUUUUGGGUUGGGGUGUUUGGAAUUCAAGGAUUUGGUGUUGAGGAGGGGUUUGCAAGAAUGUGGAAGCUUGCGUGUUUUUUUCCUGCAUUUUUGUGAUUUUCUGUGACCAUUGGGCCACUCUGCUGUUUUUUUAAAAAAAAAUUCUGGGUUUGAAUUUCUGUGUGGUGGGUGGCUGGGGGAACAGUUGAGGAGGGGUUUGCAAGAAUCUGGAAGCUUGUGUGGUUUUUUCCCUGCAUUUUUAUGAUUUUCUGUGACCAUUGGGCCACUCUGCUGUUUUUUUAAAAAAAUUCUGGAUUUGAAUUUCUGUGUGGUGGGUGGCUGGGGGAACAGUUGAGGAGGGGUUUGCAAGAAUCUGGAAGCUUGUGUGGUUUUUUUCUGAAUUUUUAUGAUUUUUAUUGUUCCUUCAAUUUUUGAAUUUAUUGUUCCUUCAAUUUUUGAAAUGCUCUUUACAGUAUGUGUGACUUUAAAGAGCACUUAAUAAACUCUUGUUGUACCAAAUUUGGCUUUGUUUGGACUUUUUUUGACCAUAGGAACGCAUUAAUUGAAUUUCAAUGCAUUCCUAUGGGAUUUCGUGCUUCGGAAGACGAAAAAUUCGCUAGACGAAAAAACUCGCGGAACGAAUUAAUUUCGUCUUGCGAGGCACCACUGUACAUGGAUAAUCAAGUAUUCUUGAGAAUUACAGGAACCUUUGAGCACAAAUGAAACUUUUUCAGGUAUCAGAAACAAUUUCCCAAAUGAGGCUGAUUUAGAUAUAUCUCCCUGCUCAGCAUCUCUUUUACACAGCAGUUUCUUGGAAGGCCUACCUGGGUGGUGAGAUGCUCAUAGAAUUGUAGCAUUGGGAAAAAGCAAAAUGCAUUUUAUUUAACACACACAAAACAUAUUGCCAGGUACUGUAAGCCUCUGCAAUUAAAACCAUGAGGUACUAUAAGAAGAGAGCAGAGGCAUCUGGUUACAUCCACCCCAUUCAUUUAAGGCACACUGAAAGCAUGUUGCUUCCCCCACAAAGAACCACAGAAAUAUUGGAUCAGAAAAGAGCAAAACAAAAAACAAAACUCCUAUAUUUAACAUUCACCACAGGAAUUUGGAUUGUGGUGUGCUACUGAAAGGUGCCUGGGGAUGUAAAGAAUUAUAGUUCUGAUGUUUCAGGCAGCAAAGUCAAUUCACAUGUUUUAAACCCUCUUAGGUUUUGUUUUCUCUUUAUUUGUUUAUCACGUUUGCAUCAACAUUUGGUUUAUUAGAUUGUGAUUCAGCCAUUCAAACGUAAAUGUAGCCAGUGAUAUAAAUAGGGUCAUGUGUACACUUUGGUGAAAGGAUAACAAUCCCCAAUGGCAUUCCAGGAUCUGGAUUGAGAAUUAGGCAGCUGUUUCAAAAUUUCCAUAGUAUGGUCUGCUUUCUGCUAGUGGUAAAAAAAAAAAAGUGUAAUGUGUCAUGUAUGACACUGAAAAUGACCAGGAGUAAAGUUCUUGGGCCCUGGCAUUGUCUACUCACAUUAACCAAUAAGUGAUAAAAAAAAUUCUUUCCAGAAAAAAGCUGUGAUUAUCAGGGCACUGAAUUAAGCAGCCGGUGCUAAUUUCUGCGGCUUUUAUCUGCUUGUAUGAAAUAGAAGGAAAGAAACAUGAAGCCUUGAAUGCAACUGUUCAGAAGUGUGGUACUGUAGGUAUAUAGUGGACUACAGGACACAAUAUGAAUAAACUGCCAGUGUUGCUGGGAAUAAUUUUAUAUAUAUAUAUAUAUAUAUAUAUAUAUAUAUAUAUAUAUAUAUAUAUGCAUCUGUCUUGAAACAAUCUCAACAUUUUGUUUGCUUUCUUUCCAGGGAAGUUGCUGACCUGAGCCGGAAAUUCCCAAAGGCAGACUUUCCUAUCAUUCUCAAGUUUGCUGGUGACAUUGUACACAUCCAGGAAGAGUUCUGCAAGGGUGAUACUCUGGAGUAUGUCCUUGAUGUUGUAAGUUUUGUUAAUUUUAAUGUAACUUACUUCAAACCAAGAAUAACAUGGAUGUUGGCAUUGUCUAGUCAUAAUCUCCAGAUUGGCCCAAAGCCUUAUGGGAAGAAUUCUGGCCAGGGAGCAAAUUGGGGGCUUUGCAUAGCCUUAGUUAAAUGACUUUGAGCUGUGAAGAACGGAGGCCUCACAGAAUACAAAAGUGUCCUCUGGUGAAAACACCAUGAGUCUCAAACAGGAUCCUGGUGGGGCUCUCCCUUGCUUUCUUCUAUACUACACUGGUUGUUUGACAGAAGAUGGAGCUGCUGACCUACUCCUUGCUUCACUUCACUUAACAGUGCUCUAAUUGGCUAAAGAAUACUAUUACUUCUUCUACCUCAGCUGGGGUCAGGUGGCACCAGGGGCAAAUCGGAUUCCAUUUGAGUGUAUAAAUCCGUGACCAGGGAGAGGAGUCGGUGGAAGAAGAUUGGAAGAAAUUUAAAGAUUAUCUGCAGAAACAUUGCAAAAUUAAAGAAUGUUAGAGUGAUGAUGGAUUAAAAUUAAGUGGCUUCUAGCUGUACAGGCUUUAAAGAUACAUAUAGAUCAAGAUUAAGGAUUAGGAUUAAAAAAGUUAAAAGAAAUGGAAAAUUGGCUUUUAAUAGGUUAAAAUUUAAGGUUAUAUUAUAUUAAGAUUAAGGAUUGGGAUUAAAAAAGAGGGAAAGAAAUUGCUGGACAAACAAAUUGAUCUGGAAUACAAAAGAGGGAGGUAUGAGGAGGUCCAGAAAAUAAGUAAAUUUAAAAGUGGCGACGAAAAGGUGGCAUUGUUUUUAACUGUUUUCUUUUUUCUGUUUUUUGUUUUUUGUAUUGUGUAUUGUGUAACGUGUAUCUUUGUAUUGUGUAUUUUUCUUUUUUACUUUUAAUUCUUUUUUACCGAUGUGUCUUUUUUUUAUUGGAAACUUUAAUAAAUAUCAUUUUAAAAAAAUAAAUAAAUAAAACUGUGGACUCUGGCCUAUUUUGCUAACGCGAGCAUUUCAGUGAUCAGGCACAUCAAGCUGCUCUUUGUCUGUCAACUUGAAAGCUCCUGCCUUAAAAUAACUACCGUAUUUUUUUGCUCCAAAAGACACACUUUUUCCCUCCUAAAAAGUAAGGGGAAAUGUGUGUGUGUCUUAUGGAGCGAAUGCAGGCGGGAGGCAGGCAGGAAAAGCCCCCAAGAGCUGCACACAUGCUCUGCAUGGCUCUUGCGGGCUUUUCACCAAGGAGGGAGAAGGGCAGCCCCUAACUGACUGGCUGUCCUUCUCCGACCUCGUAGAAAAGCCCCCAAAAGCCGUGCACUCUUUAAAGGGAGUGCGGCUCUUGGGGGCUUUUGUGGGGGGUGGGGGAAGGGACAGAGGGCAGCCCCUCAGUCCCUUCCCCCACCUCCCACAAAAGCCCCCAAGAGCUGCACUCCCUUUCACGAACCGCGAGGAGCGUGUGUGCGGCUCUUGGGGACUUUUCCCUCCUGGGAAGCGCCACACACACGCUCCAGGCGGCUCGUGAAAGGGAGUGCUGAGCAGAGCCUGGGAUGCAUACAGGCUCUGCUCAGUGCUGCCUUUAAAAAUAUUUCUUUUCUUGCAUUCCCCCUCUAAAAAAUAGGUGCGUCUUAUGGAGCGAAAAAUACGGCAGUUAUUUCUGAGCCUCUUUUCUUACAGGCAGAUUUGAUAGAGUAUAUCUGUACCCAUCAAGACACUAUAUCUACUAAAGUGAAGGACUGCUGUGACAGGGAACUGCUGGAUCGAGAAGAAUGUCUCGUAAAUGCGGAAAAUGAUGACAAACCUGCCGAUUUGCCUUCCACUUUCAAGGAGUUUGUGGUUAAGGAAGUGUGCCAAAACUUCACGGAGAACAAGGCUACACUUCUAGAAAAGUAUGGUAUAGAGAAUUCAGAUUGGUCUCAAUCCUAACUCUAUAAAGCAUACUGGGUUGCCAAGCAUACUGAGGGCAAGAAGAACACAUGUGGUAUCAGAAGGGAAAGAGGAAAUGUAACUUCAUUAUCAUGUGCUGGAUACUUUGUAACCUACAAUUAAAAACCAAUCUGAUUGCUUCCCAUGAUUUUUCCCCCUCUGAGGGGAGGGUAAAGUUCUUUAAAAAUUAAAAAAAAACUACCUUGAACAGCUAGGUGCACAGUUCCUGCUGUGCUCUAUCCAAAUAGGCCAAGAAGAAUGUCCCUGGAAGUGACACCAUGUGAUAAUCUAGCAUUAUUUUCAGAGCAAUUCUGCAGGGGAAAUAAUGGCUGCCCCAUGCAAUGGUGCCAACUUGGGCCCCAGACUGUGGUUGCCCAGUAUGGGGGCAGUGGACCCCAACAGAGGCCUGUCCCAGUUGCUGCCACAGCACUGGAGCGCCAGAGGUAAGGCAGUUGGUGGCAGAGGCAGACAGUGCACGGUGGUGGACAGCAGGCAGCGGCAGUUGGAAGUGGAGGCCGGGGACCCACAGCAAAAAAAAUGUGGCCCUCUAUAGAUGGCACCAGUGGCCCCAUGGGUCUAUGAGAAACAGCCACCCCCCUGCCCUCAUACAGUGCACCUAAAAACCAUGCUACCUUAUCACUUUGCAAAAAUUCAUAAAUUUUGUGGAGAUUGAUGCUCAAAGUCUAGUCCUGAUUUUAAUUUGCAGCCCUUGAACCUGGUUUUAGUUUGCAAUUCUCCUGCGGCUGCAAUAUGGAAGUUAUAUUGAUAAACAAACAAACAGCAGCAAUAAAAUUUAAAUACCCAACUUACAGCGUUUGCCUAAUGAAUUGCUAAGUUGAUGUAUUCGAAGUACUUUCAACACUUUCUACGUGUAUUACUAUUAUUGUUGUAGAUAACACAACAUCAUAAUCACCAUGCGUUCUUCCCUAUGUUCCAGGUUUGUUUAUGAGACUGGAAGGAGAAACCCUGAGUUUUCUAAGCAACUGCUUUUGAGAGUUGGCAGUAAAUAUGAGGGUUUGUUGGGAAAGUGCUGUGAAACUGAGCAUCCUGAAGAGUGCUUUCAUCAAGGGGUGAGUUAUGUGUCAUCUCCAUGUAAUUAAUAGCUUCAUUUGAAAAUAAAUAAAUCCAUGUGUUAAUUCCAGUGAACAAACAGAUCCAAGUUCUGUUCACUGGAACUGACAUAUGGAGGGUUGUUAUUAUUGUUAUUAUUGUUUUGGAACUGAAGCUUUUAUGCAGCUGAAGCUACCAUUCCCUAUUAAAAGUGGUCACCUUAAAUAACUCAUAAUAUACGCACAUUUAACUUGUGUGCACAUGCUUGGCAAAUUACACACACACACACACACACACACACACACACACACACACGGGUGGAAAGAGGACAGGCAUCUGGGGAAAAAAAGACUUUGACAAUCACACCUGCCAUUGAACUCAGUGUGUUUUGACUGUUUGAGAUUUUGGUUUUAGGCACUUUCCCCAGAACCUAACCCCAGCGUAAGUUGAGAAUCACCGUACAAAUAUUUAAUAGCAGUUAUAUUUUCCUUUAGGAAGGAGAGCUAAGACAACACGCUGACAAUACCCUGGAAACAUUUAAGAUGCGCUGCAAUUUGUAUGAGAAAGCAGGAGACCACGGCUUCCAAAAUGAGUAUGCUCUAUCCUUUUCAUAUUAUAGCUUGUGAAUAGGGGUCAAUUUAGCUGGGCUAAUUUAGUUUUAGAUAACCUCUUUGUAGAGACAGAAUGCAGAGGAUGAAUACUUUUAUUAGAGCCAAUAAAGAAUAGCUUUAGAGUUCUCAAGAACAAUUCAUGUGGAUGGAUGUUAACCCAAAAGAUGUGGGGUGGGAAGGAGAAUAUGGGCAUGAUGUAUGAGGCGCAAAGUCUAUAGCUGGUGUAUCUUGACACGAGGAUGGUGUGGAGUUUAAGCAGACCUAAUUAGAAGAAUCUAUGCUAUGCAGAAACUGAAAUGAGUCUGAAACAAAGUCUGCUGGCACAAAGAAACAACAAUGGCUGCCUCCUACCCCCAUUUUGAAGAAAAGGGAAAAAACAGCAGUUAACUGUGCUUUGUCUGCAUAUGCAACAUCAGCUAAGUUAUAUGAACUUCCAGCAGCUGUGUAUCAAAUCCAGGAUAAUGAUUAAUUUGUUUGUUUACAUAGGAACACAAGACUUUGUUGAGAUGGGGAGAACUUUUAAAUUGAAGCUCCAGUGUUCCCACCAGUGCAGCCCUAAAAGUGACUUCACUUGUUCUAGUAACCUGUCAACUUGUGGAAGACAAUGCAGUUUUCUGAGUCCUUGAGCAUUACUGCAACCCCCCCCCCCGACAAGGGUUGCAUCCCAAAUUCUCAUUGACUAAAAUCUUCUCACUUAUGGUUCUUUGCAGAGUCCUUGUCCAUUAUACGAAGAGAGCUCCUGAGAUGGCAUUUGAAGAAUUGUACCAGUACACAAUGAAAUUCGCAGGUGUUAUUGCCAAAUGCUGUAAGGAGGAUGAUGCACACAUAGUGGUGUGUGCUGAUGAGAAUGUGAGUAUUUUAUCCUCCAUAUUGGCCUCUUUCCUCCAUCCACAUUUCUUUCUUGUUCAGCAGUGUUUAUUAAAUACUAUUUUAAAUGUAAUGCCUUUGAAUUGGGCUCAGAUAAAAACAAGCAAACAAACAUGCAAUAACGAAUAGUGGAAUAAUUAGGAAUGGGGGAAGGAAUCCAUUUCAAAUUGUUGUUUUUUUUAACAUGGAAUUUGACAGUUCUGAACAUGUUCUAAAACUUAUUUCCCAUAAUGUAACCUGAAUGUGACCUAAAGGACAGGGAUGUUUGACAAUGGCUUAGAUUUGACUUCUCCUGGUAUGUCUACAGCUGACCCACUUACAUAUAUGUUGAAUGUUUCUUAGCUGGAGAACCACACCCACCCUUGGGAAUCCUCCAGGGUCUGCAUGCCUGCAGUAGGUGUGGCCACCCUGCACACACACCUCUUCCACACAAACAUACAGGACAAAGAGUACACACACACACACACACACACACACACGGCACACACAGCUCAUCUGCUGAUCAGUAAAGAUCAGUUGAGGGCAGAAUAUAUUCCCUGCACAUCUGAGAAUGGAUGAAAGUAGAAAUCAGCCCUUGCAUUCAUAUCAAAUGUUUAAUAGGAGUAGGAGGAGAUCAAUUCCAUUCCCAUUGUGGCAAUGUGCUUUUUGAAGAGCUUGAAACCUUUCUGCCCAUCCGAGUGCCACAGUGAGGGUGAGAAUCACUUUAUACCCAUUGGUGCUCUCCACAGUUUAUUUUCUAAGUGCCAUAUUGCAGCAGACAGAAAACUGGAUGGGUGUCAGGCUUCGGGGAAUCAGAUCCCUCCCCCCGGUGGCAGUAAAUAAGCAGAUCAAGUGAAAAGGGCGUUUUUACCAGUAAGUUUCUUUAAUAAUCACAGCAAGAGACAAAGAAAUGCAUAUCUCUUUAGAAAUGGCAUUGGUCCCAGUAAAGGUUCACCCCCUCCAUCCCCAUUAAUCUACGUCACUCCUGUGUCAGGUAAUCUGAGCUUGUUGCCACUGAGCUCUCUGUUCUAUCACUCUCAAAGCCCGUCUAGUCUUAGGUGAAGGGGGGGGGUCAAGAAUGCUGUCCAAGGACACUGAAUCUGCCAGCUGUCUCUCUCCUGGUGUUUCCUCUUCUAGCCGUUCCUCACCCAAUAUUUCCCAACUUUUCCCCUCUGGACUAUGCCCCUCUGCAAACCACUGUUCCAAAUCAAUACUGUCCUCCUGCCCUUGGGAAGGUUCAGGAGAAGGAGGCAGCGGCUCCAACCAUUCCUCCUCAGUCCAACCUCUGGCAAUGGGGGAUGUUAAGUUACUGAGGAAAGUUUGGUAGCUUGGUAGUUCACCACUGUGUGCUAGCCAAAACUGUGAAAAAGCAUUCAAGACCUCAACAGCCUCUCAACUAGCUUACCAUUGUGUAUCUGAUCCUUCAGUAAGCGUGCUACCUUAUCCAGAACAGGCUGACACGCAUACCUGGAUUGGUUGAAAAUAUAGAACUUCAGGUGUGUGUUGUGUGGUGAAGUCUGUUCAUUAUUGAAUUUGUUCUGUAGUUGCCAGUGCAGCUCCAUUAGACUCCCCCCCCCCCGCCUUCCCCAAUUUCAUUGCUAAUCUUGAUCAUGGCUAUUAUUGUCUAUCUUCCUAUUAUUUAUAUUCACUUGGUAUUGUGAUUUUAUAAAAUUGAAAUAAAUUCAAUGCAUGUGGCAGUAUGGGAUUGUUCAACCUUUUAGCAUCUCAUAAGCACAGUGUCUUCAAAAGUUACAUCACUUGCAUUCAUUGUAUUGAAAUAGUGGCUAAUUUAUGUGGCAAGCAAGUUGCUUUAAUCACUCUUCUGUUCAUCAAAGGUCAACAUAUUAUCUCUCUUUCUCUAGACAGACCUUUUACUAGGAGAAGUAUGUCAGCGACAUGAAGUUAAACCACUAAACAAACAAAUGCACAACUGCUGUGAAGAUUCCUAUGAGUUCCGCCGGGACUGCUUUAGCAGUUUAGGAGUAGAUCCAGAUUAUGUCCCUGUACCAUUCUCUUCCGAACUGUUUACCUCCCACCAAGAUCUAUGCUCGGCUACCCCAGAUGAAUUGCUACUAAGGAAGCAAAAGUAAGAAAUCAGCCCAAUAAUUAGUUUGCUACUUCAAAGCAAUCCAAUACUUUUAGCCUUCCUCACCUCUGUUCCUAAAGACCUGUCCAGUCUCUACACAUAUUGCAGUUCUGAAACUCUCCACCUUGCUGAAAUCAUGAAGGAAACAGCACUUGAUUUCACAAAGAUGAGAGACACAUGCAGCUUAUGCUUCCAACCUAUCACUCACUGUUCUCAUUGCAGGCAGCUUGUCCACAUAAUAAAACACCAACCCAAUAGCACCACUGAGCAAAUAGCAGAAGUGACUGGAUAUUUCACUACCAUGGUGACACAAUGCUGCGAAGCUGAAAAUCAUGAGGAAUGCUUUAUGACAGAGGUAAACUUCUUAGAAAGACAAUUGUCUGGGACAGUUUCUUCUUCUUCACUGACAGCCUGACAAGGCUGAGGCCAAGUGCUUGAUUGGGAUAUGAGUACCUAGGCCUGGACUCCUCCUCAGUGACAAGAAUGGCAAGUAGCUCUCGGGGUUGUGGUGGGGACAAAAGAAAUGAGGAAGAAAAGCUCCAUGUUUUGAAAGUGGGGCUCUGGAAAUAUAGUGUUGCAAUUGCUAUUUGUAGCUUUAAAAAAAUAGAAUGAGGCCAUGGGUGGAGGAAGAGUAUGCUGCAGGGACCGGCAUGGCCUAACAGAAGGCUGCACCGGCCUGCACGGCAACCAGAGACAUGUGUGACACUGCAUGCCUUGUGAGUGACGUCACACACAUGCAACAUAUGAUGCCCUGCCCACCCCACCCCCACCCCCACCCAAGUCUUGGGGGCAACCCAACACCUCCGGUCCAGGAGGAUACUAUUGUUAGUGGUAACAAAAGCCUAUGAAAAAGUCUAGUAAGAGCAAUGGUGUCAUGCUCUUCUGGUUCCUCUACCAACAUAGGUCAUUUGUCAGGGCAACCAAGGCAGAUUCGGUUUCAAACCUGGGUCUGAACCCAAAUUGAAAUGGGUCUAGAUUUCCUCUGGCAAUGCCUGCAGCUGCUUUGACGUUACCCUCUUGAGUACCUUGCCGCCAAAGGGGGUAUUUGCAACCAGGCAGUAGUUUCUCAAUACCGUGUAAAUACUGUCAUAAGAAAAAAAAUGCAUCCUGCUCAAGCUUUCUAGAGAAUGUGAUGGAAAAGGAGAUUUCACCAGUUUCAGUCCAAUAUAUUUUGUUGCCUGAAGUUUGCUUGCCUCCAGCAUUCCAACCCCACCCCUACCCCCACAUGACUCUCCUAAGGUUUCACAGCACUAUUCAAACACCAGUUCCUGCCCUCUUCUACCCCCCCCCCGGCAGAACCAAGUCAGAAUUUUUCUCUUGAAGAGAAAGAGAAACUGGUAUCACAUGUGAAAAAUAUGCCCACCUACAUAGGAAUGUAGUUAGGAUGGGGUGGUGUGUUUAGUAAUGCAAGGCCAAAUUUGGAGGAUGAGGUGGGAGCAACAGGGGCUUAGGAAGAAAACAAGGUUGUAUUUGAAUGCACUGCUCUAGAAAUAUAUAAUUGCAAUCACCAUUUUUGCUAUAAAAUUAGUGGGAGGCUGUGGGUGGAGGUUUUAAGUUUCUUCAAGGUGCCGGAAUGAACCCCUGUAUCAUUCACAAUAGGCUACUAGAAUUAAACUGACACAAUUGUUCAAUGCAGAGAUCUAUGGUCAACUUGGAGCACUUUCUCUAGGAAUGUCAAAGGGUGUUUGUCAUUUCUUCCAGGGUCCAAAACUGGUUGAGUGCAGUAGAGCUGUUUUUGGAGAGCAGUAGCCAUCUCAGGUGAGCUGAUGUGCAAGCAUGGCUUGUGUGAAAAGGUUUAACUGAUUCAACAUUGACAGUGUAGGAUGAUGUUAUCUGCUGCUUCUUGCAGUGAAAGUAUUACGUAUGAAGGACCUUGCUUAACCCCUGUUCUUAUUUAUGUUAUACCUAUACCCAAGGUCUGGAGUAUCUAUUUAUAGCCAGAACAUGGCAUUAUGACAAAAGAAUGGAUAUUUGAACCAUUCAGAAUACAUGUCUUCAUGAUUAACACUUCCUCCUCUAGGAUACAGAGAGUCUCAGAUUCUGGGGACCCAUUUUAUUAUCUCAGAUAUCUCAAAGGGGAUCAUGCCCUGGAGGUUCUAUUGCAUCUAUCACAUAUUCGCCUCCAACAAAUAAAACUUUCAGAGUUUUGAAUUAUUUCAGAAGCUUGCACCCAGUUGAGGUAUAUGUGCCAGCUCCUAGAGGCCAAGGCAGUUUCAGGCCACCCCCAUGUUUUCUUUCUUUCUUUUUCCUUUUUUUUUUUUUUUUUUUUUGAGGUGUCCAGGCCCCCUCAAUGUUCAGAGGGCUUUCUGCUCUGCCCCUUGGCUCCUCGCGAUGUUGCACACACAAUGUCAGGACGUUGCACAAUGUUGCAUAUGUGACAUCAUGUGCUCCUAGGUCCCCUCAAUCAAGGGGGGGAUCCCUCUUGAGAAAAUAGUGCCUCUAAUGAGAGGUAACAAAGAGAGGAUGUAUAUAGAGUCAUACCUUGGUUUUCAAAUGCCUUGUGACUCGAAGGUUUUGGCUCCCAAACGCCACAAACCCGGAAGUGAGAGUUCCGGUUUGCAAACUUUUUUUGGAAGCCAAACAUCCGACGUGACUUCCGCAGCUUCCGAUUGAGCGCAGGAAUCUCCUGCAGCCAAUCAGAAGCCGUGUCUUGGUUUUCAGAAGUCAAACAGACUUCCGGAGCAGAUUCCGUUCAAGAACCAAUGUACGACUGUACACACAAUAGGAACCAAUGCCUUUCCCACCCCCCUUUCUUUUUUAUAUCUACAGCUGUAGGGAGGCUUCUCCAAACCAAAUACUUAAAGGGCCUCUGAUUAUGCAGCGGCAAACCCUCAUUUGCCAACAAACAUACACUCAGAGGUAAUCCAAGUAUAAUACACAGAAACAAACAGAAACAUAGUUCACACUUUACAUUUUCAAGUGUACAUUCUGGUCUUAUCUCCCUCUCAAAUUUUCUACCUGAUUGUCAGUAGGGCUGAAAAAAUUUCAAUUUUGGGCUUUUAAAACAUACUACUUGCUACUGAAUUGCUUUGUAGGUUGCUUAGUUCAGUUUGCCUGUCCAACUAUACUUAUUCCUAAUUUACUGCUCUUUUUUAUGCUUUAUAUCCUCUCCCUGCCCUUGGAGUACCUUUCAUUCUUAAGGCACGAAUCCUGGAAAAUUUCAGAAUAAUAGAAGCAGGGUUUUUUCCCAGAAGGGCAUGUCAAAUUCUCCCCUUCAUUAUUAGUAAAAAAACAAAACAAACAAAAACAAACAAAACCCAGCUAUCACUUCUUUUGACAUAAAUGGAUAGAAUUUGCCAGUGUAGUUGUCUGUCCAGAGUGAAUUUAGUCUGCCAACUUACAAGAAAGUACACCAAGUGUAUGUGUGCUGGGUGCCUUUAAAUUAAAAUUAUUGUUGUUUCAAAAUAAUGGGACUGUGUGAACUGACCACCAGAUGUGAAAUGAGAGGUAUCUCAUUUUCUCUAAAAUGUUCUGCUUGUUCUUAUUUGCUUGCUGCAAAUAAUUAUUUGCUGUUAUUUUCUUCUCUCUCAAGAAAGGAAGAACACUGGAAAUAAAGCCCAAAUAAGCUCAAGCAUCCUUGGUUUCUUCUUCACUUGUGACGCAUCACCUUUCUGAUUCACAGGAAACAAGGAUUUGAUUCUUGCAUAAUCUUCAUCUCUCACUAUAGUUUUGCUGUUGAGAGUUAAUAAAGUGUUUAAAUAAAAUCUUCCCUUGUUGCAGUACAGUGAUUCAGUUAAUUAAAAAUAUAACAUAUGGGCUUGUGUGUGUGUGUGUGUGUGUGUGUGUGUGUGUGUGUGCAUGUGAAAGAAGGAGGUGUGUUGGAAGUUUGGGAGCACUCUGUAACUAUUGGUACCAAGCAGACAAGCAGAAGCUUCUGUUUCCCAUGGACUUGCUCUCUCUACUUGACUAUUCAUCCCUGGAGUGCCUGCUCUCCCACAUCUGGGCUUUAAUCAUGGUGUGUGCAGAGCAAGGCAAAAGGGUCAGAAUGAGUCAGAAACUCUGAGCCAGAUAAAUCUGCAACUGUUGGAAGCAGGAAGAAGCUGCUGUGUUCCCUCCCUUUAGAUCUGAGCAUUGUGCAGGAAUUGGGAAUUGUUGCUCUCUCUAUAUUUUUGGAUUCCAACUCCCAUCAUCCCUAGCUAGCAUAGCAAAUGUCCCAGGAUGAAAGGAGUUGUAGUCCAUCAGCAGAGCUGUAGCUAGGUGAUCUUGCGCCCUUGGCAGAACCAUCCAGAUUGCGCCCCCUAGCCACGGACAAAUUAGCUCUUCUUUUCACCUCUCCUCCAACCCACCCUCCUCCACCCAUUCAAUUCACCCUCUAUUUCUUAUGAGGCAAUAAUCAAUAUCUAUAUUUAUGGACAUAUUUUUAGCCGAUUUAGCCCCACCCCCACCCCAUUGCAUGUGCCCCUGUAGGGGGCUCACCUCCCCACUCCCUAGUUAAGGCCCUGUCCAUCAGCAUCUGGAGAACAACAGAUUCCUCAUCCCUGGCUUUGUGUAACUCAGCAGGCUGCAUUGCUUUCUUCUGACCUUUACACCCCUUCCAGAUCCUGCCUCCUAUAUGGAUAUGGUGACUCCUUUACUGUUAUAUUUCCUCACAAAGCAAAAAUAUAGAACUACAGUGUCCACAAUGCAUGGCAAAGUCCCACUACGUACUCCAAGUGAAUUCUUCUUUCAGCUGAUAAGAAAAGAUGGUUUUGCUUUGUAUUCUAAUUUGGGGUAAGUAGAAAUAAAAACACACAUUAUUAUUAUUGACCACACACUAUGGAAAAUCAGGGUCGUUGAGUGACGGGCUUGCAUUUGCACCCCUACAUCCAUUCCUGGUUUUCUACAUUGCACAAUCAGAAUAAUGGCCUGAAUAAUGGGGAUUUUUUUCUGAUGUGCAUAGGUUAGAGGGGAGAUCCCUAUCACAAUCCUGUUUUGUUAUCUCAUCCCAGUACAAGUUUCCAGAGUAUGUUGUUAAAUAUCAAAUAUUUACUCUUCAGCAGCCUUGGAUGCCAAAAACACAGAACUCUUCUUUGAACUUGGACUCUAACUAGUGAUCCAUUGCCAUCAUUUCAAUUCAACUUUGGAUGAAACAUUAAUGGAAGGGGGAGGGAGUUGGUAUAAAAGUUAUAGGCUGAUGAAGAAAUCACUUACUGCAUUAUUGAUUGGACUAACUUACCAAUGUUAUGUGUCCUGCCAAUUUACUUUGGCAGGCAAGCCUUCACACACACACACACAGAGAGAGAGAGAGAGAGAGAGAGAGAGAGCAAACCAAUAUGUAGACAUCUUGCCGCCUGUGUGAAUGACAAGAUGCCUGCACCUCUAUAUAGAUAAGGAGGAUGGAGUGGUAGUUAAAUCUUACUUUAGCACGGGCAAAGCGAUAGCAUCCUUCACCUCAUAUGAAGGUUUCAGGCUAUAUUGAGGGGUGCACAAAAGGUCACACAGCACACAAAAAGUAGCAUAGGAUACCAUGUGCUCAUUGUUGCACCUGACAGCUGCUUGCUGCUCAUUUAAACAGAUGACACAAUACAGCAGUGGUGAGCAGAGCAAUGCAAACACAUAUGUGCUACCAGUGCACGGUCUGGCUUCUUGGGGCCUUCCCCAAGAUGUUGCACAACUGGGGUUUAUAUCGUGGGCUACAGCUCCCUCCUUGCAUAAUUUAUUCUGAUAUCACCAAGUUGGGCACUUUUCUUUUGGGUGAAGACAGAGGUUGUUGAGCAGUUUCACCUUCUCUCUCACACCCAAUAGCAUUUCUCUGCCUUCACCUUGCAGAGGAUCUUCCAUUUGUUUGUUCUUCCUUUUACUUUGAACAUAGCCAAAUAAACUUUUAUUUUAAACUCUGUUGCAAGCCUGAGCUCAUUUAGAACUUUGGCCCACUCGACUUCGCUGCAGACGUUGGCUAUUUGUAUAUACCCUUCCUUUGUGAUUUCCUCUUUCUUCCAUUUCUUAUACAUGACCUCAUUAAAUCUCAGUUAAACUGUAUGCUCCUCAUGCAGCCACACAACUUUCUUUAGAUGCCUUCCUCUUUUCUUUCUCGUUGAAAUUGUCUGCAUUUGCACCUUCAACAUUUGUCAUUGUCUUUCAAAUCCUUUCUCAUGCUUUCUAGCCAACCAGGUGAAUGUGUUCCGGUGUGUUGGGGGGGCAAUGCUCUAUUUUUUUUAUAAAAAAACUGAAUUCAUUGGAUAUUACACAAUAGAUUUAGUUGAGAGGGCAUGUCUUUGAUACUAGAUGACAGAAACUGUGCACUUAAUGUGCUUUUAAUUAUGACUCUUUCUAUCCAUCUAAAUACAGUGUUAUCUCGGGUAGAGAACUUAAUUCGUUCUGGAGGUCCGUUAUUAACCUGAAACUGUUCUUAACCUGAGGUACCACUUUAGCUAAUGGGGCCUCCCGCUGCUGCUGCGCUGCUGCUGCUGCGCGAUUUCUGUUCUCAUCCUGAAGCAAAGUUCUUAACCCGAGGUACUAUUUCUGGGUUAGCGGAGUCUGUAACCUGAAGCAUCUGUAACUUGAAGUGUCUGUAACCCGAGGUACCACUGUAUUAUUGUUUUUAUGUUAUGUAAAUGAAACAUAUAUUUCAUUUCUUGAAUGACAGGUCUUAUACUUGUAUGCAGUGUGAUACCUUAUUACCAUUUGGUUACUUUGUUUCUUUCUAAAUGUGAUAUGCUUACAUUAUUAAUUUAAUAAAUCAUGUAUUUCCUC